CUCUCAGGGAGGAUAGAAGACUGAAGAGAAGAAAAACCUGUUUUCCUUCUAUUGAUUCAGAAAACGCUGAAGAUAAAAAUGUAACAUUGUAUGAAAUGCAAGCGAGUUACAUUCCUUCUCACGGGUCGCUCGCUCGGAGCACAUCUUCAUCCAGGUCUUUCCAGGCUGCCACGGUGUAAACAAUAGAAACCCUUAGAGGCCCACACACCACAUUGUCACAAUCCUAGUCCUUUUGUUAAUUAAAAAUUAUUUUCUAUUUGAAGUGACUCAGAAAAUGAAGGACGAUUCUGGAGUUCGGUGUUACCAGUCCAUCAUUAUCUUCGGCAAUGUGGUCAUGGGGCUCUGUGGUUUGGCCCUGACGGCCGAGUGCAUCUUCUUUGUGUCAGACCAGAGUGGCAUCUACCCGCUGCUGGAGGCUACUGACAACGAUGACAUAUUUGGCGCCGCAUGGAUUGGCAUCUUUGCCGGAUUCUGUCUCUUCGUCUUGUCUAUCGUCGGGAUCAUUGGCAUCAUGAAGUCGAACAGGAGAAUGCUGAUGGUGUAUCUCAUCCUGAUGUUCAUUGUGUAUGCCUUCGAAGUGGCCUCUGCCAUCACUGCUGCAACUCAACAAAAUUUUUUCAUUCCAGAGCUCUUCCUGAAACAGAUGCUAGAACUUUACCAAAAUCCCAACCCAAUCAACAAUGACAACUCUUGGAAAAUUGCUGGAGUCACUAGCACCUGGAACCGCUUUAUGCUUCUGAACCGCUGUUGUGGCGUCAAUGGACCACAAGACUGGCAGACCUACACAUCGGUGUUCAGGCAGUAUAACAGUGACUCUGCCUACCCUUGGCCUCAGCAGUGCUGCAUCAUGAACAGCCUCGGUCAACCCAUAAACCUGGAAGCGUGUAAGCUUGGAGUAUCUGGAUAUGUGAAUCUGGAUGGUUGCUAUGACCAGAUUGCUGGCCCAAUGACUCGUCAUGCCUGGGGUGUUGCCUGGUUUGGAUUUUCAAUUCUCUGCUGGACAUUCUGGGUUCUGCUUGGAAGCAUGCACUACUACACGCGCAUUGAGUAUUAAGGCAGUUCAGACUAACUUUCUUCCUAAACCUUUUAAAAUGAAGGUCUACACUAUCUUGGCCAGCAUGAAGGACAUGCCUUUGCCAAACUCAAAAGCUAACAAGUGUUUUAUGAAAUAUAUUGGCCCAUGGACAUGUUUGGAAGGAGAAGCCACGUUGGGCUCGCCUCUAUGUAUAUACAAUAUAGUGUCACUGAUUUCCUGAACCAUUUCUACGAGAACAAAACUGGUCAAAUGACUCUUAGAUUUUUUGCCUUCAUCGUUUUUGAACGCCCCCCCCCCCACUCUAGACACAUGUAUUUUAAUAGGAGUAACACAGUCCUGCCAUUUUUUUUGUUUUAUGUUUUUUUCUUUUUAAUUCUGCAUUAAAGUUUAUAGUUUCUUUUGAACUAUUUGCUUAUGAA